CAUUACGAAAAUCCGUUUCCUAUUUCAUAUCGCACAAAAGCAGUGUCACUUGUCAAGGGAAUUACCAACUGAAUACAAAUCAAGAAUUAAAUGUAUCGUUUGAGAAUGAUUUUUUCAUUGUUAUGUAUUUUCGCCUCUUUGGUAUUAGCCGCAAAUCAAAGUAUCCCAGAUGAAAAAUGGUCGUACGUCAAUGUACGUAAAAAUGCAUAUAUGUUUUGGUGGUUUUAUGGCGCUCAGACAGUAAGCCCUGACGCUCGUUUGUCAAAGCCUUUAAUAAUGUGGAUUCAGGGUGGACCAGGUUCUUCUGGCACCGGAUUUGGUAAUUUUGAAGAGAUUGGUCCAUUGGACAUUCAUGGCAACACAAGAAAUUACACUUGGUUGAAAGCUGCUAAUGUCCUGUUUGUUGAUAAUCCGGUUGGAACAGGAUUUAGUUACGUCACUGAAGACAGUGCAUACACGACUAACGUCUCAGGUAUAGCUGCUGAUCUUUUAACCAUGUUUAAAUCGUUUCUGGAAGACAUGCCUGUUUUUAAAAACAUUCCAUUUUAUAUUUUCUGCGAAUCAUACGGUGGAAAAAUGACUUCGGCCUUCGGAGUUGCGCUUCAUGACUCGAUUAAGAAAGGAGAAAUCAAAGUGGUUUUUAAAGGCGUUGCCUUAGGAGACUCGUGGAUUUCCCCAGUUGACACCGUUAUGUCUUGGGGUUCCUAUUUGUAUUCCUUUUCGCUCUUAGAUCAGAUGGACCUGAAAAAAGUCAACGACUUGGCAAAACAAACAGAAGAGGCGGUUAAUGCUGGCGAAUACGGUAAGGCAACGCAACUUUGGUCAACUUUAGAAGCAGUAAUCUCGGAUAAAACUGACGGUGUUAACGUGUAUAAUGUACUGCAACAUAAUGUGCAAGAGCCGUUUCAGAAAAUUCUCACCAAAGGCUUGAAAGAUAAAAACCUCGAAAUACCAUACGCUCUACUUGUCAAGAAGUUUCAACAACAACAACUUUCAGACUUCAUGAACGGACCAAUACGAAAGAAGUUAGGCAUCAUACCUGAUGACGUCACAUGGGGUGGACAGUCCAUAAUGGUAUUUUCAAAACAAAGUAAUGAUUUUAUGAGAGCAACCAUUAAGGAGGUGUCGCAACUGAUCAACGAGCCUUCUCGUGGGGUUAACAAACUGGAUUGGACCGGACUUAAAGCGUACAACACCGUCAAAAGAGUCCCACUAUAUCCGCCAUCGCAGAAAGAAACAAAAAACACCGGUGCGUUCGUUAAGGAAUACGAAAAUUUUCAUUUUUACACUAUCCUCAAAGCUGGUCACAUGGUACCACUUGAUGCUCCAGAAAUGGCACUGUCGAUGGUCGAAAAGAUUAUUGCAACAGAAAAAUCCCAAGAAGUAUAAUACACAGAAUUUAUAACAUCGAUCACGAAAUUCAUGUUUUUUAUUAAAAUUGUAUAAAUUCAAUAA